UCUCGCGCGACUAGUGACGUGGCUGAUGUCUAUCAAAACAUACAGUGGGCAAGAGAAGCGUCACCGCCAGCACUGUUUACCUAUUGCAGGGUCUAGUUUUUUUUUUUUUUCCCUUGGAUAUUUACUGUUUGCAACGUACGACGGCAGUUCAAGUUAAUUCAGAAGUGUCUUGUCUUUUGUAAACACGGUUCUUUGGGCACUUCGUCGCAAGCAGCAAGUGAGUUAUAAUUGAUCUUAUCUAACAGCGUGUACCCGGUGAACCAUGGCCGAAGGGGGCUUUGACCCGUGUGAGUGCAUCUGCUCCCAUGAACACGCCAUGAGGAGGUUGAUAAACCUGCUGAGACAGUCCCAGUCCUACUGCACAGACACAGAGUGCCUACAGGAAUUACCAGGUCCAGGUGCCCCCACGGGGGGAGAUCUCACGCUGCCCAUGAUCAUGGUGGGAUGGGUGGUGUUGGCUGUGAUCCUCUUCCUCCUCAGGCCUGGUAGUCUGAGGGGCUCUGGAGCUGCAGGGAAGACAACCGGCCCACCCAACAACCAAGGCAGGGAGCCUCCAGCGCCACCAGUUGACUAGCAAAGGAUGAGUUACAGAUUCUAGCAGCGGUCAAGAAUUUAACAAGACACAUUCAAUCAGCUACUGUGACUAGGAAAAACCUACAGAAUGCUUACUUUUAUUCUUGAUUUCAGCCUUUAUUCUUCCACACUUUUUUGUAUAAGUCUUUUCUUACUGUGCUGGUUUAAGGGGGUCUUAUGGUAGUUUAAUACUGUUUAAUACAGCAGAUCUUCAGGUUAUUUUGAAUUUAGACUUGGGAAAUACCAGAUUGCUUCAGUGAAAAAGUGAGAUGGUAACUGAACUCAGAAUGGCUCUUAAAUCUUACAUUCCAAUGAACUGUUACAUUACAACGGACUUUUCCCAAAUCCCGAGACUUAAUCACUGCUGAGACCCUGAACUCUAUCCCCCUUCCAGUUCUUUCUCAAGAAUUUUGAGUCCCUUUGAGGCCUUUUUGGGCUGCUGACUUAAUUUCUGAGGUCUCAGGAGUAAUUAUGAAUAAUGCAGGUCAGGAUUUUGUUUUUUACAAAGGUAAGUCAAAAAGUAUCUGCAGUAGUCUGUAUUCAAAUGAUUAUUGCACAUACCUUUUGACUUGCCCUCGUACCUUAAAUUGUCCUUGGCAAAACGUGCACAUAAAUACUUAUUAAAAAUGAAAUAAACCCAUGCUUUUGCUGAAGAAUAACUGAUAUACAAAGCUCUUCAUUGGAAUUGCCCCAUUUUUGAAAUACAUGGAGUGUUUUUUUCAGUGUAAAGUCCAGAGUCCAGUAUCUUGUUGCCACUGGCAAAAAUAUGUGAGGCUCGGUUUUUUACAUGAGUACUUUUGAUACCAGAAUGUAGAGAAGGAGCAUUUUAUUGUGUUACACAUAACCUUGCUUGUAGUGUAAAACACAGGUUAGCAACAUUGGUUGUCAUAUUUUGGUAUGCCAGCAGGUAAUUUGCAAAGCAAACCAAGUUAAUAGCCAAUUAAAAUAUCUGUAGGUUUUAUGAUCUUUAAAAGGGUGAGCUUUUGAGUACAAUAGUCUAAACAAAAAGCAUUCAGUUAUAUCUGGAAAAAAUGAUUUUUCUUUUGCUUUGAUACAAUAUAUUACUAAUGUUACAUGUGCUCAAAAUGUUUGUACAUAAAAAAAAAAGUGUGUGUUUGUUUUAAACUAGUUAGACCAGUUCUUUAAAUGUAUUUAAACCAGAAAGCAGUGCUGUUGUGAAAAUGGUUAAGUUUCAGUCAUUCAACAAUUUGGAUUUGAAUAUCUGAUAGGUAAAUGUUCACAGAUCUCAAUUAUUUCUGUGUGUCUCUGUGUAAUGACUGUGUUUUGAAUGUUUAUGAUGACUAUGGUGGUAAUGAUACAAUGGUGACAACUAUUAAAAAUGCAAAAGGGCAUUUUAAACAUUUGUAAUAUUCCCAUAAAGUGGUAUCUCUGUCAAGGUCUCUGUAGUGUCUUUUCAGUGCCUUCAGUCUCAGAACAGCAGCAGUUCGUUGCUCUGGGGUUUAUGUUUUGUGACUUUAGUGCAGGACUUUAAUCCAAUAAAAUCUGAGAAAGUUAGUAUAAUUAAUCAGGAAAACCCAUUUAUAAUGCUUCUAUUGUUGUGCAGUCAGAUAUGAAAAAUGUGUGUGUUAGAGAAGAUAACCCUUUUCCCUGCACAGCAGUGUCGCGUUUCCACUGAUAACCAACCAUGGUUAUCACUUCCACUCUUUUCUCUGAGCUGUUUUUCGACGCUUGGUUUAUAUACAAACAUACAGUACUGUGUAGAAAUGUUCAAUAUCUGUAUUGUGUGAACCACUUUUUUUUUUAUUGCAUCGUGUCGGUGACCCACCACACUGCUUAGAAAAUGUGGCGUUACUAUAGAAACUGCACUGUCUUUUGUCUUGGAUCAAAUACAAACCCUUCACCAUCUGCUCCCCAUACUCCUGUGUAACAGCUAGUGGCACCAGGUGUAUUUUCGACUACAAAAUGAAAUUCCUGCCCUUUUACAGCCUUUGUACUUCUGUAAUGAAACUUUUUCUGUUAAUUGAAAGCUUCGUUCGCAUUCAGUUAUGAAGAUAGGUUAUUUAAAAGAUUUCAUUUGGUGUGUUUACUGGUGUUUUGCCAAGAAAUAGCUCUCAGUUCUCAAAGGUACUCCUCCCCUGGUACAAA